AUGAGCAGUGAGAGGUCUCGGAGCGAGGUGCGGCUGGACCGGCGUCCCCUGGGCAAGUCCCCCGCCUCGUCCUCCUCCGGGCUCCGGUACCUCCAAGCGCGCUGGUCUGAGUUACGUCACCGCCUCUUAUGCAAUGGCAGCGGUCUGCCUGGCAAUGGGCCACGGAUCGAUACCAAAAUUUGCACAGAGUGGCACACAGACACACAGACACACACACACACACACUUACCAUCUGUGUAUCUGGCGAGGAGGCCAAUAGACUGCAUCACAAACAAAGAACAAACCCCUUUUUCCACCUACCCAAAAUCGACAGGAAAUGACGCCCCAGGCCAGCUGGACCAGACGGUCAACUGUCCAUCGACCCAGACUUCCCUCUUCCCGGCUACUUCGUCCAGCUGCUUCCGGCAGAUCCUGAGAAGCCAGUUGAGUGUCCUGGGUCUUCCCCGAGGCCUCCCACCAGAUCCUGAGAAGCCAGUUGAGUGUCCUGGGUCUUCCCCGAGGCCUCCCACCGGUCGGACAUGCCCUGAACUGGGAGGCAUCCUGACCAGAUGCCCGAGCCACCUCAUCUGGCUCCUCUCAAUGCAGAGAAGCAGUGGUUCUACUCUUGAGUUUCUCCCGGAUUGACAGUACUUCUCACCUUAUCUCUAAGGGAGAAAUGCAAUUCGGAUUCUCGUGCCCACGAUCUUGUCCUUUCAGUCACUACCCAAAGCUCAUGGCCAUAGGUGAGGGUAGGAAUGCAGAUCGGCCGGUAAAUUGAGAGCUUUGCCUUUUGGCUCGGCUCUCUCUUCACCACAAAGGACCGAGGCAGAGUCCGCAUCACUGCAGAUGCCGCACCAAUCCGCCUGUCGAUUUCACGUUCCAUCCUUCCCUCACUCGUGAACCCUGAGGUACUUAAACUCCUCCCGACCCGUAGACGGAACUCCACCCUUUUCCAUAGAUUCAAUAAUAUCUUGUGCCCAUAAAAC